CGAGCCGUCGGCUGCAGAGACCCGGCUGCGCGGCAGGCGGCAGGCGGCGGGCAGAGGAUCUCUGCUCCGCACUGUGCGCGGCCGAGCGGGCGGCGCUGCCCGGGGAGCGAUGCGCUGAGCGCACGGAGGGCCGAGCGCGGCGUCGCCGGCGGCUCGGGGAGUCGACCCAUGGAGCUCACUAGCACCGGGCGGAGCCUGCGGCCGCCGCCGCCGCCGCUACUGCUGCUGCUGCUCCUGCAGGUGGCGGGGCCAGCGGGCACCCUGGCUGAGACCCUGCUGGACGCGUCGAGGGCCAUGGGCGCCAGCUCCAGCCCGCCCAGCCCCGCGAGCGUGGUGGCUCCCGGAACGACGCCGUUCGAGGAGAGUCGACUGCCAGUGUUCACCCUGGAUUACCCCCACGUGCAGAUCCCCUUCGAGAUCACCUUGUGGAUCCUGUUGGCCUCUCUGGCUAAGAUAGGUUUCCAUCUGUAUCACAAGUUGCCCACGAUAGUGCCUGAGAGCUGCCUCCUUAUAAUGGUUGGCCUGCUGCUAGGAGGGAUUAUUUUUGGGGUUGAUGAAAAGUCCCCCCCUGCAAUGAAGACUGAUGUGUUUUUCUUGUAUCUGCUCCCCCCCAUCGUGCUCGACGCGGGCUAUUUCAUGCCCACUCGCCCCUUCUUUGAGAACAUUGGCACCAUUUUCUGGUAUGCUGUGGUAGGGACCCUCUGGAAUUCCAUUGGCAUUGGGGUGUCUUUGUAUGGUAUCUGCCAAAUUGAAGCCUUUGGCCUGAGUGACAUCACUCUGCUCCAGAAUCUACUUUUUGGCAGCUUGAUCUCAGCCGUGGACCCAGUGGCUGUGCUCGCCGUCUUCGAGAACAUUCAUGUCAAUGAGCAGCUCUACAUCCUGGUCUUUGGAGAGUCUCUGCUGAAUGAUGCAGUGACAGUGGUCCUGUACAACUUGUUCAAGUCUUUUUGCCAGAUGAAAACCAUUGAGACCAUUGAUGUGUUUGCUGGAAUUGCAAACUUCUUCGUUGUGGGAAUUGGUGGGGUGUUAAUUGGCAUCUUCCUGGGAUUUAUAGCGGCGUUUACUACUCGGUUCACGCAUAACAUCCGAGUGAUUGAGCCACUCUUUGUCUUUCUGUACAGUUAUUUGUCCUAUAUAACGGCUGAAAUGUUUCACCUCUCAGGUAUCAUGGCAAUCACUGCUUGUGCAAUGACUAUGAAUAAGUAUGUGGAAGAAAACGUAUCUCAGAAGUCGUACACCACCAUCAAGUAUUUCAUGAAGAUGCUGAGCAGCGUCAGCGAGACCCUGAUCUUCAUCUUCAUGGGCGUGUCCACCGUCGGGAAGAACCAUGAGUGGAACUGGGCCUUCGUGUGCUUCACUCUUGCCUUCUGUCUGAUCUGGCGAGCGCUGGGUGUCUUUGUCCUGACUCAGGUCAUUAACUGGUUCCGGACGAUUCCCCUGACCUUUAAGGAUCAAUUCAUCAUUGCCUACGGCGGGCUCCGAGGUGCCAUCUGCUUUGCACUCGUGUUUCUCCUCCCAGCUGCUGUGUUUCCUCGGAAAAAGCUGUUCAUUACAGCUGCAAUCGUUGUCAUAUUCUUUACUGUCUUCAUCCUGGGAAUUACUAUCCGACCACUGGUGGAAUUUCUCGAUGUUAAGAGGUCUAAUAAGAAACAACAAGCUGUCAGUGAAGAAAUCCAUUGCAGGUUUUUCGAUCAUGUGAAGACGGGGAUUGAAGAUGUUUGUGGACACUGGGGUCACAACUUCUGGAGAGACAAGUUUAAGAAGUUCGAUGACAAAUACCUGCGGAAGCUUUUGAUUCGCGAAAACCAACCCAAGUCAAGCAUUGUGUCUUUAUAUAAAAAGCUUGAAAUAAAACACGCCAUCGAGAUGGCAGAGACGGGGAUGAUAAGUACGGUUCCUUCUUUUGCAUCUCUGAAUGAUUGUCGUGAAGAAAAAAUAAGGAAGCUCACGCCUGGUGAAAUGGAUGAAAUUCGAGAAAUAUUAUCCAGAAAUCUCUAUCAAAUCCGUCAGCGAACUCUGUCCUACAACAGACACAAUCUGACGGCUGACACAAGCGAGCGACAGGCCAAGGAGAUUCUAAUCCGACGGAGGCACAGUUUGCGAGAAAGUAUCAGGAAAGACAGCAGCUUGAACCAGGAGCGCAGGGCGUCCACUUCAACUUCUCGAUACUUAUCCUUACCAAAAAAUACAAAGCUUCCAGAAAAGCUUCAAAAGAAAAAGAAUAUUUCUAAUGCAGUCUUGGGAUACUGCUACGUUGGGCGUGAGGCAGAGGGAAAGAUAAACGCACAAGGUACAAGUGUAUGAAGAGCACAAUUUCCUUCCCAAACUCUUCCAUGUUGAUCAGUGAAGGCAGGACAGACACCAUUUGAAAACUGUAAGCUUAGGACUCUGUGCCAAGUAUCUUAAUUUUAAAUGAAAAUAUUUAUAUAAAUAAAUAUAUAUAAUAUUAUAUCUAUUUCCGCCUGAAAGAAAUUAAAACUGACUUUUAACUUAGAAUUUUAUUAUAGGAGUGUGAUUCAUCAAGAGAUGGGAUAUAUAUUUUUGAGAAUGCCGAGAGUAAAUUUUUAUAACUUAAUGAAAAGAAAGUUUAAAGUGGAAAUUGACCUUAAAAAUACAUUUCCUGAUUUUUUCUGGUAUCCUAGAAUAAUAAAUAUUAUAAUAGAUAUUAUAAUUUUCUGGAACCAAAGGAGAAAACAUGGAAGUUUUUAUUGAAUUUCUUCUUGUUAAGCAGGUAGACCAAAUUCAGCUUGCACUGAUUAAAAGUCAUAAAGAAUUUGGUUGACACUGUAUGAACUAAAAAAAAA